ACAUAUGUGAAAGGAAAAGAUUUAUGUGGACUAGACCUGUGGAAACCCCUUUAAAACCUUAAACCGUAGGCCAUUUUUUUCUCACCAACUCAACAUUACAUACUUGCUCUAUCUAGGUGUUUUGUUUGACAAAGAAAAAUGUCGACCCAAAAGCUUGCUCGCACUUACGCUCCUAGUGGUGGUGGUGGCGGCGGCGGCGGUGGCGGCGGCAACUCCGUGAUGGUGGUUGAGCUGCAGCAUAACCACCACCACCACCACGACCACCACCAUCACGGCCACCACCACGGGCACCACCACCACCACGGGCACCACCACCACCACGGGCACCACCACCACCACGGCCACCACCACGGCCACCACCAUGGCCACCACCACUACAUAGCCGCCACCACCACCACCACCACUAAGAUAGAAUGGAAGUGAUUCAAGAAGAGAGUGAUUAAAAGUUGGGAUUUGGGUUAUUUGAUGAGUAGAAACCCUAGCUUUAUUGGUAUGUUUUAGUUUAACAUUGAUCAUCUUUGAUGUGGCUGCUACCUUUUAAAUUUGUGUUGUUUAGACUUUAUGUGUUGAAGAUUGUGUGUUGUGUUUUAUGGUUUUCUGCUGAUCCUUGAGAAAUAAUGGGUGUUUGUUUUAUAUGUGACUGUGAUUGUGUGUUUAGUGCAUUAUAAGCCAAAACAUUGUUGUGGUUGUCUUUGUUGGUUGAAAUUUGAUUGUAUUAUUUAA